AGUCCCACAUCAACUUCAGUUCAGUCCUCAGGACACAAACUUCUCUCGUCUGUCUCUCGCUGACAACUCAACUGAUCGAACUCGACUCAGAAUCUGUUCGAACGUUUUGCUCGUCUGUCUGUCUGACUCUCUGCUCAGAGCCUGAAACUCAGAUUUUUAAAACUUUGAACUUUAAAGUGCAACACAGACACUUUAAACAACUGGAGGACAUCUGGACAUCUUCAGCUGGCUGCCGUGCUCAAAGGCACUCAAACAAUACCUGCUGAGGAGGAAGAGGAGGCGAGCGGCCGCUUUACCGGCUUCAUCGAGAUCUUCUCAUCCCAACUGUGAUCUCCUGCUUCUGUAUCCUAAAUCAGGUGAAUCGUGAACCUCACAGAGCGAACAGACAAUCGCUGGACGAGCUGAGAGAUCUGCGCCGAGCUGUAAUCAGUCAUGGCAGACUGGAGCCUGCUGGGAAACUUCCUGGAGGAAGUACAGGAGCACUCCACCUCAGUUGGCAAGGUGUGGCUGACCAUCCUGUUUAUCUUCCGUAUCCUGGUGCUUGGGACUGCAGCCGAGUCAUCGUGGGGAGACGAACAGGAAGAUUUCGACUGCGACACCGAACAGCCCGGCUGCGAGAACGUUUGUUACGACCGAGCCUUCCCCAUCGCACACAUACGAUACUGGGUGCUCCAGAUCGUGUUCGUGUCCACGCCCAGUCUGAUCUACAUGGGUCACGCCAUGCACAUUGUCCGCAGAGACGAGAAGAGGAGGAGCAGAGAGGAGGAGGGAGGAGAGGGUGGAGGGACGGAGGACGACCCAGGAGGAGGUGAAGGAGGAGGAGACGGAGAGAAACGAGGGAGGAAAGGAGAGAAGGAGGAAGUGAAGGAGAAGGGUCUGUCAGCAGGUCGAGUGCGUCUCAGAGGAGCACUGCUGCAGACAUACGUACUGAGCAUCCUGUUACGCAGCAUCAUGGAGGUGGUGUUUCUGUGCCUCCAGUACUUCCUGUAUGGAGUCUUCCUCAAUCCUCUGUACGUCUGCAAGGCGUGGCCGUGUCCACAUCCAGUGAACUGUUACGUCUCCAGACCAACAGAGAAAAAUGUCUUCAUAGUGUUCAUGCUGGCUGUGUCGGCUGUCUCUCUGGCCCUCAGUGUGCUCGAACUGCAUCACCUGGCCUGGAAACACUGCUGCAGGCGGUUCUUGUUCAGAGGGAAGGCCGUCACUCCUGUUAACGCCCAGCUGGCCCGACAGCUCUCUCUGACUCCUCCACCGCCGUCAACCCCGCCUCCAGACUUCAACCAGUGUGUGAUUGGCUCCACGCACUUUCUGCCCCUCCCUUUCCCCAACCACCGCCUGGCCAACCAACAAAACUCAGAGAACAUGGCCACCGAGAAGCACAAAAUGGCCGCCGCCGCCGUGGAGGAGGUGAAUCUCCUCCAGAUGAGCUGCUACCCGCCCGGAUGGCAGGAGACUAGUAACAAUGAGAUCCAAGAUGGAGGAUACCUGAUGACCGACACUAGCUGCUUCAGCGCUGGCGGCAGGGAGAUCAGCUGCCCUCAGAUCCAACAUGGCGACUCCGACCGGCUGUUGCUUUGCCCGAACGUCUGUCAGAAGGACAAUCGAAGACUCAGCAAAACCAGCAGAACGAGCAGCCGAACGAGAGCAGACGACCUCGCUGUUUAGAAAGAAAGCACAAACAUACGGAGGCCCCUUCUCUAACACAAACUAAAUAAACAUAUAUGUUAUAUAAUACACACAUAGCUUCUGAUUCAACCUGACGACUGAGCCUGAACUCACUGAAAUAAACUGAUGGCUGCUGUUGAAUCCUUGAAGUAGCAGCAUCUGAACUUUGUUAGAAUCACUCGGCACCAGUGAACAGUUGUGUUUAUCAUUUUUUACUGUACAGUCUAAUUUGCUUUGGGCUUGUUUGAGUGGCUGUUUUAGCCUCAUUGAACGCAGACUCUCGCUCACCUGUUUCAUCAGACAUGAAUGUAAAUCACAAAUGUUUUCGUCUUCAUACCAGCAUGUUUUUGUUGUUGUUGUUUACUUUUUAAAAGCUUCUUUUUAUGUCUCUAAAUCCUAAAUUGUGUUUUUGUGACAUUAUAGUCCACUUGGCUUGAGUUUCUGCUGCACUGUAUGACCCCGUACAUGCAAUGACUUCUAUUUCUGACGGCAAUUCAGUCGAAUUCAGCACAGAGCAGACAGGAAGUCACACACCGAAACAAAGACAUAACAUCCUGAUCCUUUUCAAAAUAAAACCCUGCAUAUUGACAGCAGCACAAAGCCUUUCCGCAACGUACACACAUCCAGUGGAAUUCCCAGGUCACAGUAAUUUCAUAUGACGGCCACGAACACAUCAACACUGAAGCCCACUACAGUCUCUACUAUCAUUUUCAACUGUUGGAUAUUUCCUCUAUUGUACUUUUACAUUUAUGUUCCAGUUCAAGAAUGUGAAUGCUUUAUAAGUUUUAAAAGCUUUGCAGAUAAAACAAUGUGAGCCCUGUUACAGUCUGUACACUGGAGUUCUGUUUAUAUGACGGACAUUUUGAGUGGUAUCAGUUGUUUUUUUAAUGCAGCCAUUAUCUGUCAGUUUGUACAUCUUUGAUUCGUUUCCUUGCAUCCUUCCUACAUGAAGGCGAGGAAGAGACACGACAAAAUGAGCCGUGUCACAGCUGCAUCAUCUGUUCAUUGUUUUGUUUUAUCGCACUGCCAUAUUUUACUGUCUCUGUCAGAUGAGCAGGACAGUUUGAACAACAACUAUUUACUUGCGACUUGAUUAAAAAGGUGAAAUGUCAGUAAAGAA